UUGAAUGGAGUGUACACAAAUGGUCGCAGAGAGGGGCAUCAUAAUUGCGAAGUAGGCGUGUGCAGUGAUUUGAAAAUGCAAUAAUACGCAGUGUGAGUGAAUGUAGGUUCUGUCAUAUCUCAAUGUUGCUUCAGGUCUAAUUAAACUAGGCCAUGGCAAUCCGUGAUUCAACGGCGACUAGGGGGGGAUGUUGUAGCGGGGGUGUGUGACGUUGAAGGGAAAUCGGAGAGUCUUCAGUCAUCUGUCAGGUUUGUGUGGAGGUUAGCGGUCAGUUGGCGCACCUGUGGAGUGGAAGGUUGCCAGAUCCGUGUGAUGUGAUGCUUCCUUCGCCUCCACAUGUCGUUCCAGUCCCUCCUGCACUUCUCGGUCGUCGUGGUGCCAUUUGUUUCUUGAGGAGACCUGCGCGGAAGAGAAGACAUAUGCAGAGAAGAGGGGGCAUCUCUGUGGACAGGACGGACCAACAUGCCAUGUUCAUUCAGAUGGUUGGGCCCAUUGUGUCUUCUAGCAGAGCUCGCCAUCUCUCUGACUCAGACUGGCUGCUGUUGGAGACGCUGGACACAAGAUGUCAGAGGCCGCUACACACUGGCAGAUUUCUGACGAUGCACAAGCGGCGUCGAAAGAGGUUAACCACACGUUCAUUAACGCAGGAACCAGCCCUUCUGGAUGACAUCCACCAUGGGCAAGUGCAGUGUGUACUGGAUCGCGUGUGGCAGUGGCCGUUCAAUGCCUUCACUUUAGACACUGUAACAGGAGGGCGAUCACUGCCAGUAUUGUGUGUUCAUUUAUUUCACUGGUAUGGACUAAUGGACCAUUUCAAUUUGGAUGUUGUUCGUGUGUGGAAAUUAUUUACGCUUGUAGAGGCAGGCUACCACAGUACAAACCCGUACCACAACUCAGUCCACGCUACAGAUGUGACACAGGCAAUGCACUGCUUUCUGCAAGAAGAGAAGAUAAAAGUGCAUCUAACUCCCCUUGAGAUUAUGUCAUCUUUAAUUGCUGCUGUAACGCAUGACCUGGACCACCCUGGUGUCAACCAACCAUUCCUGAUAGCCACUUCCAACCAUCUAGCAGCAUUGUAUGAGAACACCUCAGUGCUUGAAAAUCAUCACUGGCGCUCUGCCAUUGGGUGUCUAUUGGAAAGCAAUGUUGCUGAGCAGCUGGGAGCAUGCAGGUUCGAGUUGGAGCAGCAGAUCAGCUCUCUCAUCCUUGCUACAGAUAUCACCCGUCAACAGGAGUUCCUUUCACGAUUCAAACGUUACCUGGAUCAGAAUCUGCUGGAUAUGAGUCGUGCUGAGGAUCGCCACUUCAUCCUACAGAUAGCUCUCAAGUGCGCGGACAUCUCUAAUCCUUGUCGCCCGUGGGAUGUGAGUCGUAAGUGGAGUCAUAAAGUGUGUGAGGAGUUUUUCCGUCAAGGAGAUUAUGAGCGUCAACUGAACCUUCCCGUUACAUCUCUAUGUGAUCGACAAACAACAUCAAUACCUAAAAUUCAGGCAGGUUUCUUUCGACUUGUUGUGUCACCGUUGUUUGAAGAGUGGCACAGGUUCCUCAAGACAGACUUAUCCACGCUGAUGAUGAGGCACCUGAAAGGUAAUCAGAGUCGUUGGGAGGCAAUGGUACAACUUGAACUGGCAGAAGAGACGCGGACUGAGAUAUCAGAUGCAGAAUUAUUGGAUGAGGAAGUGUGUGGCAGUUCAGAAGAGGAGGCCAUGACAGGGGCUGAAGAUAUCGCAGCUAGUGCAGAACUGCUUCUACCAGAAUCCCCUUGCUCUAGACGUCCUUCUCUUCCUUGUCGUAAUGAUGAAACGGAUUCCAUGGUACGAGUGGGCAGACGGCAUUCUGUUCCCCUGAGUGUGCCUUCCCCUCCACCGUUUACACGAACUAUAAUCAGACGUGAGAGCUUGCCAAUGGGGGAGCAUCGCACGCAAAGGCGUUACCCAUCGGGGCCAAUUCUGCAUCUAGAAGAGGAAGAAGAAUUGCAGCUUGGACAAAGUUCGCUGUCGCUGCUGUCAGCAUGCAGCAGUGAGCCUCAUCAUUCGUCAGACCGCGCCAGCGAAAAUGACAGUAGGCCUGUAAGUGCAGAGAACUUGCUGCCAGAACCGAGUAUUGCUUCCAUCACUACCAGCAUGGAGGCAAGCCGCCUAUCCUCUGUAUUGCACGGGGGAGGAAAUGGAACUACUGCUCCUGUGGUUCCAUCACGGUUCUUGACUCGCCAGCAGACUUUUCCACCUCUACAGCCAUACGUAAGGAUUCGAUACAUGUCCACAACGGCCGAGAUGUCAGCUUGCUCUGAGGUACUCGCUGAAGGAGCUAGUCACUCAAACUCCUCCUGUUCUUCCACAUCUAACCACACCAGUGCUGCCAACCUGCCUUGUCAAGUUUCGGAACAACCUUCUGAAGGACCCUCAAAUUUAUCGUGCAGCAAGAAUGGGUGUGGAACUCCAAAUGGGAAGCUUCGGACGCUAAGGGACAAUGGCAGAAUGUGUGCAGUGGAGUCACAGUGUGUUAAUGAAAAGCCAGUGACCAUGAGAAGUAAACGGGAACAGACAGACACAGUAUUGGAGAAGGCAGCAAAGAUGGCCAAAAUCUCGGACAGUUGGGCUCCUCAGCAGAGUGAUCACAAGGAGAAUGUGGACCCUCGGCGCAUCGGGAGUGACGCUGAUCUAGAUACAAGUUUCAACAAGACAGGAAGUCUGCGAAGAAGUGCCCCUCAGGGACUGGCACGGCGUCGUGGUUCUGCACCCGUGGGUUUGCUCAACCGUUCAGAUGAUUAUGUUGCACCAGUUGCUCUUACACUCAGGGGUGGCGGAGAUAGAUUCCUGCGUCGUGGCUCUGUGCCCACCGAUGUGACAAGACAAAGUGUUCUGAGACCACUCGGCUCAAAAGAGAAUACAGUCUGCCUGCACCCCCGCAUGCCACGGCGGUCUUCACUUCCGUAUGACACUGCAACCCUGUCCAGCCUGCUUGAUCCCCUCACUGUCCCCACAGGAGAUAAGGUGGAAAGUGAAGACAUUGUCAAGGAUUUGCAGUACAGGAGGCUGGACCCCCUGAGUAACAUCUGCACGAGGCCUCUAGAAGAAACUUUGCCCCAUUCUGUUAGCCAGCAGUACUUUGUGAGUGUGAGGCGAGGUUCUGUCCCAGCAGAUAUCAGCUCUGAACUCAGGCUGAGAAAUGGAAACAGCAACAAAUCAAGGACUCGUAAGAAAGUACUGCGCAGGCGCAGUUCAGGUGGUCCUGAGAUGUUCACUGUUUCUGGACCUGAGCCUUUUGGAGAUGGAAUGACAUGGCAACAAUGGCACCGUGAAUUUAUGCCACGAUGGAUGGCAGAAUCGGUAUUGACUAGACGAAGGGGAUCACUGCCAAUAGAAGUGCUGGCCACUACUCACUCAGUCAGACCAGUCCAGAGGGCCUGCCAUAAUCAGUGGAGACUCUAAUGUUGCCACUUCCCCGUCCAGUCAGCAGGGCCACAGUUCGAGAAGCAAAAUGGUUGGUACCAUCAGGUAUCAAGUUGUAGACGCCAGAAAAUGCAAUAUUUUUCUUAUUGUUUCGUACAAUAUUGUCAUAUGUAAGCAUAUACUAAAUAAUACUGAAAAUAUUCCAUCUUGCAAGAUUUUAUAUUGCUCUACAUAUAUUUGUUAUCAUUGAAGUUUCCAACUUUAUAUAGUUUUUAUUUUUUGAUGUUCCUAAUACAGAAUGGAAAUCUGUGGGACGGUUUGGCUUCGUAGUUGUGUUAUAAUAUAAACAGAGGUUCCAUGAGAAGUUAAAAAUGUUGUCGAACUUUUGUACUGUUUGCAUGAAAUAUGUGGCAGUUUGUGUUGUUACCAAUAUGCUCAUUAAGUUGUUGAAUCUUCCAGAAUGUUAAACAUCUUCCAUGUUAUGAGUCCCGCAGAUGUAAUAAUGCACAUCUUCCAUCAGUGUUGACGGAGAUAGCCUAAGUGGAUUGUAAAAAUAAACAUAUCGAGUUUACGGAAUAAUGACGUGAUACCCAAUUUCUGCCUCUUUCUGAAGACUGAAUACCUGUAGGGUGACCAGGUUUAUAUCCAUCAAUAGUGGACAUUAAUUGAAGUUUAACAUAGCGCUACAGUUCUUGUGCUGUUAUCCCUCAAUUGAGGGACGUUUCUACACAGUAAUGAUGUGUAAUGGGGGACAGUGUGCCAAACACUGCCAUGUUUGAGUUCCAUGAAUUUUAUGUUUAACUGCAGCAUGAUCAGUAAGGAUAUUUUUAUAGUGCAGAUUGGUGAACAUAUAAAAGUUUACAUACUAAUAUCAGGAUACUUUUAUUUUGAGUCAUUUUUUAAACAAACUGUUGAAGUAAACUUAAUUGUAAUUAGUUACAUUGUUAACAUUUACUAAAUUUGAUCAGAAAAACACAGUUUUUAUUAUUCUGGAAGUUUUUGAGGAGGAAUAUUUGGGUGUCCAGCUGGGCAUCAAAUACAGACCAAACAGUGCUGCUAUCUGUUAAAGUCUCCAGGCACAUUGCAGCCAAUCUUAUUUUCUUUAAGUUGUGAGACCACAUUGCAGACUGGUUAGCAAACCUAACUGUUUUCGUCUUCAGAGCAAGUUAACAGUGGUCUGACACUGACAUUCAUAGUUCAGGUAGCAAGGUACAAUUACAGGGAAUAUCACAUCCCAGUCAACCUGCAAACCAGCCCCCCCAAACACAGUAUUAUCACCCAGGAAGUAGCUGGUUUCAGUAUCAGAAUAAUCAUUGCUUUCUCCCAUGAAGCUAGAAUCGAUGUUCUUCACGUCUGGUUGAAUAGUUGGAACCAUGAAAAGUGCUACAGGGUCCGGAUAUUAUAGAAAUUCUGAUGUGACAAGGUUGAGGGCAUGGUGUCUUUCAGCUUUUCAGUGAGGUACCAAAAUGUGACAGCUUUUCUGCAAAUCUGCCCUGUAAAUUCCAUAGUUCCUGUAUUUGUGAAGCUCAAAAAAUUUUAAUGAAAUUCCAUUUUAGACACGUACAUUUUUAGCAUAGCUUUUGCCCUUUACAACACAUGAAGAUAUAGGUGAAGGAUUGCAUAUAUACACAUAUAAAAAGCUAAAUUCAGUAAUUAAGAAGAAUUUUAAAAAUAAGAUGAGGGGAGACAUUUUGUUGUCACUACAUAAUGUACUGUUUUGGAAGUGGGGGGGGGGAUAGAAGAUAGGAGAUAUCAUAACUCGUUAUUAAGAGUAACUUCACAAGACAGAAUACCAAAUGAAACAAUAAAAUGAUUUAUUGUAAAUGGAGAAUGUGACAAAAGAAAUAAAGAAAUAUCGUUUAAACUAGAAACAACAUGAAAAUGGGAUGCAAGAUAACAGACUGCCAAAAUUAGAGUAAAUAUGUGCACCUAAAAGAGAAAGAUGUGGGAAGACAAAUAAAUGGGUAGAGAGAACAGUUUUAAAAUUUCUGAACAUGGAAACAAGGUUAUAGUACUCAGUCCUUGACAUAGAAGAAGUAGAAGGAGACCAUUUUCAUUUGUGAUUAUACUGCUGCCUGUUUUGCUUUUCUUAUUAAGCUAAAAAUAAUCACAGCAAACUAUUAUGUUCAGAAAAUGAUUAUCAACUCUUACAUUUUGUAAUAUCCUGUGAAGUUGUUCUGAGUGUCUUUGCAUGUUGUCAAAAACAGUAUGCAUCAUCUCAGUAUUAUAUGCAGUGUCAUGCAGACAGUUCAGUAAGUCUGUCUAAAUAUGUGCUCUGUGUUGCUAGUUGUUCAAGUGUAAAAGGGGUAACAAGCGGUUCCAAGCAGAACUUGGAAUCUCUGCUUUCCUACAGCAUAGAUUUCUAACCAAUGCAGAGCAGUUACCAUUAUUUUUAUUAUUGUUGUUUUAAUUUAAUUUAAUUUUGUGAAGGCCUUGUGACUUAAGUAUAAAAUCAGUCAAAUGUUAGUUUAAAGAUUUCAUUUUGUAGAAUUAUAGAAUAUGCCGCAGUUUUCUUGCGAUUUCAUCCACAAAGCUUUUUUGCAAUCCAAGUAAUUUAAAUUUAAUUUGUUUCAUUCUGGUCUGUCACACUAACAGGUUUACAAUUAAGUUUAUUUCAGUCCAAUGUGACAAUGUUCCACCACUUUAGCACUUAGUUACCCAACAUGUUUCGAUUCAUAAUGAAUCAUCAUCAGAGGUAUGCCUCUACGAUCAGGAAUCCACUAAUACAUAAAAGUUUUUAAGAGUAGAAACACUUAAAACCUUUUAUGAUGCUCACUAUAUGUAGUUGUUGAUUUUUGUCAUAUAGACAUUGGCGUAUUUUUUUUUGUAAUAAGAAUGUUUUUGAAUUGUAUUACUUAGAAGUGGCGUAGUUGCAAUCACUUCCCUAAUGGAUAAUUAAAAAGUUCCACUGUAUUUUGUAUAAAAAAUUCAAUUUGUUUCACCACAGUGUGAUUUGUGUGCGUGCUGUGCACAAGCAGCACAGCACGCACACAAACCACACCGUUAAUAACAAGAACACACCACCAAGGGAUAGAUGACAAUUCCUCUAUUAAGGAAGAUAUAACCAACCCACACUGGUUCACGAAUAAAAUUCUUAUCUUAAAAUAAGUUUAUGCACACACACAUAAAAUUAUUUUAACGUAAGGAAGGCUGCUGUGGUGAAACAUAUUGAAUUUUUUAUACAAAAUACAGCGGAACAUUUUUAAUUAUCCAUUAGGGAAGUGAUUGCAACUACGCCACUUCUAAGUAAUACAAUUCAAAAACAUUCUUAUUACAAAAAAAAAAUACGUCAAUGUCUAUAUGACAAAAAUCAACAACUACAUGUAGUGAGCAUCAUAAAAGGUUUUAAGUGUUUCUACUCUUAAAAAUUCUUACCUAUUAGUGGAUUCCUGAUUAUAGAGGCAUACCUCUGAUGAUGAUUUAUUAUGAAUGGAAACAUGUUGGGUAACUAAGUGCUAAAGUGGUGGAAGCAUUAAAUGUCACAUUGGACUGAAAUAAACUUAAUUGUAAACCAAGUAAUUUAAUUUGAAGAUUGUAUCUUUUGGAAUAUGAUGCCAUGUUUGGUGGAUAGGUACCAUCAUUUUGGAGGAUCAUGCUGUCUCCAUCUUUGUUGUGGCAGAGGGAGGAGGUUCAUUUGCAUUGUUGAUGCCUGUACACCAACUCCAUGGCAUCAUUGCCCAGAAGUCUAUAAUCUUAAUACUCACUGCUGUGGGAACCUCAGACUCAUAAUUUGGGAAGAAGAGAAUAAAUAGUUAAAACACAUAAUAUUUUUGGAUAUCUGGUCAUCCUACAUACUUGUGAAGUUUGUGUAAUCAAAAUCUUGUUGUGUAUGUAUAGCAAUAGAUCCUAGUUAACCAGUAAAACAGAAGAAGUGUCAUUGAAACAAACCGUCAUCAACAUCUGAGUGUCAGUAAGAAGUUUGUUAUGUAAUAAAUACCGUGAUGUUUAUUUCUGGAUAUAUGUUUGUGUCACACACUUAUGUAUUGAGACAUAGGUGUAAAAAGAAAUUCUCAUGUUGCAGAUUUAACGAAUACAAUUUGAGAGCUUAAUUUAUGUAAAGGCUGUAAAAUGUGAUGGCAUAAUUUGCCAGACAUUAAGAGUGUUAAAUAUUCAGGGAAAAAUAUUGCAUGAAACCGCACUUUACUUUAACCUUUUACAUACUAAUUUUUUUAUCUAUAUCUAUGAGUAAACUUCAGUUUCUGGUUGUGUAUGUCCUUCUUAAGGAGCAGUUUCUGCAAAAUGAACAUCCUCAUAAAGGAGCUGUAUAGAAAUGGCACUGAAUGUUAGGCAUAUAUGAAUUUCCUGUGUUCACAGAAUACAUUUUUCAUCCCAAGGAAUAUCAUCAUUAACUGUUCAUGAUUAUUAGAAUUUCAUUUUUCUGCCCUAUGUCCUGAAAAUUUGAUUCCACCACAGAGAAUCUCAUGUUCAAAAUUUCAUCACAGCAGAGUGAAUCUAAAGUCAAAAUUCCACCCCAGUACACAGUAAAUGUAAUCUUCAAAAUUCUUUCACAACAGAAUGAUCUAACAUUCAAAAUUCCAUCUCAAUACACAGUGGAUGUAAUAUUCAAAAUUCUAUCACAGCAGAGUGAAGCUAAUGUUAAAUAAUUCCAUCCCAGUACACAGUAAAUCUAAUGUUCAAAAUUUUAUCACAGCAGAGUGCAUCUAACAUUGAAAAUUCAAUCUGAGUACAGGGUGAACCUAAUGUUUAAAAUUCUUUCACAGCAAAGUGAAUCUAAUGUUAAAAUAUUCUGCCCCAGUACACAGUGAAUCUAAUUUUCAAAAUUCUAUCACAGCAAAGUGAAACUAAUGUUCAGAAAUUCCAUCGCAGUACACGAUGAAUCUAAUGUUGAAGGUUCUAUCACAGCAGAGCAAAUCUAAUAUUCAAAUUCUAUCUGAGCAGAUUGAAUGCAAUGUUCAGAAUUUUAUCCAAGCAGAAUGAAUCUAAUGUUAAAAAUUCUAUCCCUUCAGGGUGUUAUCACAUGACCAAAAUGUCUGAAUUACUGACUCAUGUGCCUGGUCCUGCUGGGUGUAGUGUCACAAGCCAAGUCAGACAGUUUUCAUAAGAAUUACAAGAAAUGUGUUUGUGUUGAAACCUAGCAGGACAGACUAAUAUUCAGUGUGAACCUCCCAGACUACUGCUCAUCCUGACUGAGGUUUCCUCUAGUUUUAUUCUGUAGCCCAGAACCAUCCCUUUCCUUACUCUUCUUUCAGUUUCAUCCCCAUCUUAUGUUGUAACUGAAUAACACAAGAAAUAUAACAAUUUGUAGCCAGGAAAUGGGAAAACUUUAAAAUUAAAUAUUCUGCUUGGCAGUGCCAUCCCUUAAUAUCUGUAUGAAAUACAAUCAAUAGAAAACCAGCAUCUAAUCAUCACCCAGAUGGAAUCAUGAUAGGCCUAGAAGAAUCUGCAUUGCUAGCUCAUUCAGUUUGUUAACAAGGAAAGAGUUAACCUUGAAAUAAUAACAGUAAACUGUAUAUUGUUAAAUGGCACUUGCUUGUUGAAAGGUGUUACAAAAGGAAUGCUAAAUGUAUACACACAGAAAUGUUAAUUAAAGUAAUAAUUUCACUUUUUCUGUAUUCAUUAAAUGUAUUUAACUUCAAAUGUUAUUAUUCGUUUGGUGAUUGUGCUUAUAGUUCAUAAAAAGACAAAAUGCAGGAUUUUUAAUGCUUGGAAUAAUGGUAAGUGAAGAUUUCUCUCAAAGUUUCUUUUCUUUUAAGAUCUAGAGUGUGUUUUUUACCAUUUUGUUAUUAGUAAAAUUUACAUUGUCUAGCAAUCGAUUAUAGAUUUCAUGCUCAGGAUCAGAAACAUAAGCUGCAAGAAGAGUUGCAGUGGGGUUUUCAACCACUGAUUGGAUGCACACACAUAUAUAGGAAAAAUGUUAUCCAGUCACUGGCCAUAUGAAACUGUUGUGUGCAUUUUUAUAUAUAGCAUGACCUUUCAAGGAAAUAUGGAGUUGUAAUGGUAAUUUGUGCAAUUUUAAAAAUACUUUUAUUCCUAAAUAUCUCAAAAUUGUAAAUAAUAAAUAAAUUAUACUUAUGUCAAAAUAAAUAUGAUAUUUUUUAUUGCUUUGUGCAUGGUGUAUGCCGAUUUAAAAAUGUUUACUAACAAUUUUCUAUUGCAGAUGAUUAAUACUGCUUCUUUUUUUAUCCUGUCUGUCUUGUACCUUGCAAAAUCUCAUUAAAAAGCUGUUAUACGUAAAUAAGAUAACAACACAAUCUAGUGUGUGUCUAAGCAUUCAGUACUAAUUCUUGUCAUUUCACAUCCAUAACAGUGAACUGCAACAUCAGUCAAUUUUACUGUACUUUAACCCCUUCACUGUCAACCUAGACUCAUGUCUCAUAGAGAACUUAUUUUGUUGUAUACUGUCAUACCACUUACUCUAUUGCAUUGCUCCCUCUCUCUUUCUGCUAUCUCUUUGCAAUUAUAUGUGAUGAACCGGCAAUAGACAGUGACUUAAGAACUCAUGACAUGUGCAGACACACAUUUCAGUGUUUGAAACUGAACUCUUCUGAAAAUUGCUGCUGUAAUGGUGUAAGGUUCAUUGUGAGCCAGCUUACAUAGCAUGCAGUUCAGUGCAGUCAGUCACAGCAGUGCUGUCCGAAAAAAUUUAUCUGCACUGUGUUCUUUUCAGCUACAGUUUCUUUUUCUAUUAUUUUUGUUUGAUAUUCUCUUAGAAUAUUAGGGCACAAAUGAAUUCACUCUUUUUCAAAAUAUGUUGUAUGACUGUUAUCCCAUAGGAUCUCAUGUAACAAUGUUUGCAGAGAAGGGAGUAAAAUAACAGAUGCAAGGACUUUGCAGCCCCUUCCCUCUUUUCUAUGGAUACUCUGAUCACCAGCUCUUCUCCCUCCUUCUGGUAAGGCAAAGCCUGGUGCAGACAUUUGUCAGUUCUUGGUCAUGAUGUAGAGAUGGUGAUCUCCUGGCUUAUGACAUUGAAAGGGUUAAAACAGGUUCUUAUAAUUGAAUUGAAUUACUGAUUGAAACUGUUUUGUGUAAAAUAAUGUAAAACAAUUUAACUUUAUACUUAUAUCCUGACAGAGGCCAGUGAUGGUUAUGUAGCCUCCAAAAGUGAUGAAGUCUGUAGGUGACAAAUAGAAUAGUUACAUGUUCUUCUUAGUCGAUAGUUCUGUUCCUGUCCGCAUAACUCUUUGUCUUGGUUCAUAUGCAGCACAGUUGUACAUUCUUUGUCUAAUUUAUUUAUUUUAUCUUCCAGCUUGUGCUGUCACAUAAAACUGUUCAGUAUUUUUUUGUCCUCCACAUAAGUCAGUUAAUGAGUGUGAAACUAUCUGCUAUCUUUGAAACAGGCCAACACAUGCUCCUCAUUCUGUGGUAGCUUUUUUGUAUUCAGACCCUCAUACAGUCUGUUCUCCUUCAAUUGAAGACCUUAUUUUCAGGACUGUAAAGUUACCUCAGAGGUUAGAAUAGUUGCUAAAAAUGGAACAACAUCAAGAAAUGCACAUAGAAUCUUUGUGGGGAAUUGUUUGGAAGAUGGUCACUUGGAAGGCCAAGAAGGAGAUAGGAUAACAUUAAGCUGAAUCUUGUGAAAAUAUUUUGAUUGUGGGAGCACCAAACAUUGCAAUUAGUAGCUUGAGAUGUUGCUUCAUAUUCCAAAGGUUGUGGGUUCAGAUUUUGGCAUGGAAACUGGGUAUCCUGACUCAGACUUUGUUGCUGUUUUUCUCAGUUGCUCCAUACAAACAGUGAGAUAUAGAACAGGAAGUGACCGCAUCCUCGCAAGACCUUUCCAGUUCAACAUCACAAUCAUUCUUUCAUCUGAUGCAUGCAACUGGGAAAAUGUUGCUAAAUAAUGCAAGAAUCCAUCAGUCAGAAUGGGAGGUUCCAUGGAUGACUCGUUUAGGUGCUUAUAUAGUUACAUGUAUGGUGCCAAGCCUUCAGGAACUAAGCUACUUUGUGAAGAGUAAACCUUGAACACCCACUUGGAGUAACAGUUUGCCAUAAUUCAUGACAUAGUUUAAUCAUUUUAUGACCAUCAGUGUCCGUAUCAAGACAAGAUAACAUUUUCAAUCAGUACAAAUGUUAAGAUGAUAGUUCUAAAUUGUUUAAUAAGCAUCAUUGUCCAAAUCAAGACAAGAUAACAUUUUCAGUCAGUAAAGAUAUUCAGAUGCUGCCAGAUGAUCCAUACAUUUUCCUUAUGAUGACAAAUUUAUUCUUAACAUUAAGGUCUGUGUUAAUUUAUAUUUUAUUAAAAGAAAAUGGUAUGAAGUUUCAGCAAAUGUAAAUAAUUUCUUUUAAACGCAGCUUUAUCAAGAUUUGCAUUGUCUUUAAAACUGACAUGUAGUUUAUAGGUAUGAUAAGUUUGUAAUUAGUAUUGCUAUAUAUUUAUUAUUAUUUAGAGUGUGAAAAUUGUAAAGGCCAUAUGAGUAGUUAAGUGAAGAGGAAUUUGAAAAUGUGACAACUUGAUAUAUAUAACUUGCAUAAAGCUGUGAAAGUCAUAUAAUAAGAUGUGAUUUCAAUUGGGCACAUUUUAUGUUAGACAAAUAGUUCAUGGAUAGAUAAUUAAAUAUUAUAAAUCCAAAAUUUAUAUGACUUUUUUAUAUUUAAAAUAUUUUUUGGUGAUUAUUUUGAACAGAGGUGAGUGUUACUGAUGUAUCAUCCAGCUGCAUACGCUUACACUUCAACAAUAACAAAUGUAAUAAUAAUAACAAUAAUAAUAAUAAUAAUAAUACCUUAAUAACUGACAGUGAAUAUAAAUAUGUGCACGCACGUACUCAUUUAAUGUUAAAUACAUGUUUUUUAUUCCUCGUCUUUGUCUGUUUAAACAUUCCAAAGAUGUCACGUUGUUAUGGUAAUGUGUUUUCAAGUUGUGAGAGUGUGCUCUUAUUCUUUGUGUUUCUGUCACCUGACACGUUAUUUAGUAACUAUGAUUUUCUUGUAUCACAUGUUGUGAUCGGUAUGAAGUGAUGUCCGUUAUCCAGUUGUACAGAUGAUGAGAAUAAAUGACCUAAUGUUCAAUUUA